CACCUCAGAGAAGCCUCACGCCUCCUCAUAUCUCAUUUGAGUGUGCGUGUGUGUGUGCGUGUGUUUAUUUUGCACUAAAAUCGCUGCAGUACUUGUAGUUUGAGCAGCCCGGAGCUCGAGGAGAGUUUUUCUUUUCAUAACAAUGGGGGACAUCGAGGCUCCCAGCUCGAACCGGCCGCCCCAGGCUGUCCUGAAGUCUAUUCUUCCCAGCAAAGAGUUCGUCACAUCCAGGAAAGGAAUGCUGCUUAUUGCUGAAGUGGGUCUUUCCUUUAUAUCAUUCGUGUGCUUCGCUGGAUCCUCGGCAGCAGCAUUUGUGACCGUCCCCCUGCUGGCAUUCCUGGCUUCUCUCUUCUUGCUGUUUGGUUACUCCACCAAAUUCAACGAGAGGUUUAAAGGUUUCUGCUGGCCUCUAACGGAUUUCAUUAGAUGCGUGACUGCCUCCAUUAUCUUUUUCAUCAUCUCAAUAAUGGCAGUGUCCAGAUACUCAGACGGUUCCUCAAAGGCUGCUGGGAUAUUUGGGUUCAUCGCCACCAUUGUUUUUGCCGUAGAUUUUUAUUUCAUUUUUAAUGAGCUGGCCAGUUUCUUGAAGCAAGGAGGGGAGUCCAACGAGGAACCGUCAAGACAGCAAGAUGAAUUUUCAGACUCUGACUCAGACUGAAACUGUGGGGAUCUUUGGCAGAAGAUGUGUGAUCAUGCAGUCUCAACCUUUGUAGUAAAAAUCAACACUGCCGAGCAGAUAUUUGCAAACACCUGCCUGGUUUUUGUGCAACAGAGUUACAGAAGGACACUGUGUAUCAAGGUCAGACUCAUUGUUGGUCAGUUUCAGGUCGCCGAACACGAACAAUGAAGGUUUUAGUGCAAUUCACACAUUAGAAAAAAUACUUUUUAAACUGAUGCAUCAAACACGCCAGCCUUCUGUUUUAUUGGUUGUUACACAAAGUUUAUAAAACAUGUUCUUUUCUUUUUUCAUGUUCAAGUUUACUUCCAGUGUCUUAGAUCAUUUGCCACAAAUGUAAGAGCUACUAUCACUCCAACACUUUCCUGAAGCUGUGAAACUGUUUCUGCUCAUGUUAUGGAGAAGCAGUUAUUAACAUCAAAAUGUGCAUGCAUUAUGUCUAAAUCAGGGGAAAAUGCUCUAGCCCUGUUUACAUGUUUGCACACUAGAACACUGCAAAAUGCCUUAUUGAAUAAAUGUUUACCAAUGUACUAAUAAUGUAAUGAUGCUGUAACAGGAAUUCAGACCAGGAGGCCUGCUUAAUUAUCCUUUAUUAAAUUGACAGCAUGUUUAUAACCCUGUUUCCUAUAAAGUUUGCACACUGUGUAAAAUGCAAAGAUAUACAAAUCAUUUAAACCCUAUAUUUAAUUUUAAGCAUCAGAUGCUGCUUUCAGAAUUCUUCUUAUUUACUUGAAAGCAGUAGGCUCAUUUAGAGAUUGAUUACAGCAAAGCUUUUCCUAAAAAAAACUGUAAAGGGGGCGUGUUUACAACUCAGCUGCGUUGCAUCUGCUCUGUAGUCUGUUAAAAGGGACCUAAGGAGUCAACUUGCUAUGCUUUUGGAGAUAAAUUGCUUUCCCUUUGUUACUUUCAGAAGCUUAACAACUCCUUUGUUGUAUUUUUGUUUUCUAGUGCUCCAAAUGUUUUUAAUAGAUGUCAGAUCUGGUUUACAAGCGGGCCAGUUCACCAACCAAAGUCUUUUAAUAAUGAUUGCAUUUAUAUAGCGCUUUUCAAGGCACCCAAAGCGCUUUACAAUUCCACUAUUCAUUCACUCUCACAUUCACACACUGGUGGAGGCAGCUACAGUUGUAGACUGACAGAGGCCCGGGGAACGAACCGGCGACCUUCCGGUUACAGAUGUGCUUCCCAACCCCCUGAGCCAUUAGGUUGCCCCUAAUUUAAUAUGUAUGUACAGAAUGUGUUUUGGCCUAGUCUCGCUUAGUAAUGCACGGCAAUACCUGACACAGCUGGAUGUAAGAAUGUGUUACUCCAAAACCUGAUUUAUCGUUCAGCAUAAAUGAUGCCUUCACAGAUGUGCAACUAUACCACUAGGGGAGCCCAUAGGCCUGCCCCAGGCUCCCUUUUGACUUUAUUUUUCCGAUUGACUUGAGUCUAUAUUAAAUGAACUAUGCUUAUAUAAUGCAGAAACAUUUUUUGCCGCUUGUUUGAAUGUUUUUUUCUUGCUUUGUGUGCGAAAUUUUUGAUUAUUAGUGUCUACCCAAAGCCCAUGCAUCGAUUUCCAUUAUAGAACUAAGGAUCACAAACAUUCGGUACUGGUUUCCAGCCUUGUCCAGAUUUCUCUGGAUCAGGUGAACCCCUUCCUAACUUUACUUCUGAAAGACUCAGUUUCUCUGGGAUGCUCUUUUCAUAUAUCAUGUUACUAAUUAACCUAAUGUGUUGAGCACCAAAUUUCUUUCUGGAUUGCACAAAUUUACAACAUUUUGCCGUCUAUUGUUGCCCCUGUAAUGACAGCCUUGUAACAUUUUACUGGCCUCAAACUCAAAAAGAGCUCAUGUAAAAAAAACAAAAGUUGUUUUUAAAUUAAAAAUCUAAAUUAA